AUGGCGGAUAAAAUAGUCCGUGUUUGUAUUCGUCUUGGUAUUGGAGGAUUAUUUGUGAUAAAUGCUUCUGGGGAGUUAUUUCCCCAUCAGGCUUGUAAGCAAGUUAACGCUCUAAAAGAUGAAAAUGGCAUCCUCGUAGACGUUCCUGAGACAUGCCGCGAACAGUUUAAAGAAGUAGCCGUGAAACUAGGUUUGAAGAACAGUGCACAGAAAGUGACCUUAUUUGUGAAUGAAGGUUUUCAUGCUGUGUCUGCCGGUUCGACAUGGUUUCCUGAGGGAGCAGUGAUAGGUUUGCCAAGGUGGUAUUUGUAUCAAACUAAAGAAGAUGUUGCAACUUCCGGUCUGAAAUUCCUAGGAAGAAAUAUCCAGUGGGAUUCAGAAUUCGGAGAAACUGUGAAAUUUUGUUAUGUUCCAACGAAAGAUAUGAUCGGUUUCACCAUUGGCCACGAACUAGCUCACAUCCAACACUUAGAAUUCAAAAUGUUUGAUAUUUUUGCCUCGCCUUUCUGGUUGUUUCUGACAUAUAAAAUGAUCCGUUUUGUCCAUUAUAGAACUUUUAAAAAGCAAGCCAUGUGGAACUUACUUCUUAAUCUAAGCGUUUGUGGAGUCAACUACUUUGCUUACAGACUUGUGAAUCGAAAGGUACAACACUUUAGUGAAUUCAAUGCAGACAAAAUUUCUGCUGAGUGCACUCCGCAGAUAGCUAAAGGUGGAGUAGACUUUUUCACAAGAAGACUGAAACUAAAUCUUGUCCAGCGAAGUUUGCUUGGAGAAGAAGGUGAAGACUUUUUUACAGAAGAUGGCAAUGAAGUGAAAUCCUACACACAUCCACGGUUGACUGACAGACUGGAUCAAGUAAAAUUCAUCCUUAGUAGUUCUGACUUCCAACUGGACUCGCGUUAG